CUCACCAAACCAAAACCCUUUCCGUAGCCAUCUCUUUCGCAAAUUUCCCACGACCUCUUCGUCCCCUUCCCCCUUCUCCUUUCGCCAUUGGAGGAGUCCCCCUCCACCUACCCCCUCCCCGUCUACAUAGUACUAUACACCCUAGGGUUUCAUUUAUACCGCCCCUCUCUCUCCGCCUCCUCGUCUACAUGCGUGGGCAUUUGGGUAAAGCGCACAAAGGGACAACGAAAGGAGGAGAAAGGAGGGAAGGAGAGGAGAAGCCACGAGGAGUCGGCCGCUGCUUUGGACUUUUCUCCACGCAAUCUCCGAAUUCGUCAGCGUUUGUUGGGGUUCGGUGGCCGAAUCCCGAGCUCCGUUGCUGUUAUAAAAUCGACGGGCUUUGUUGUUUGCGUCUCCGUGCGUCCUUGCGGUGUUUGUGGUUAUGCCCCGGAGAGAAAGGCUCCUGCUUUUGAUCGUGUUUUCCACCAAAAAGGGUCUCGGGGUUGGUUGGGUUUGAACAGGUUGACUCGUGGGGAUCGAAUUUGGGGAGAUUUUUGCGGACCACCCUGUUGUCAAAAUCCCAUCUUUUGAUUGUCUCGUGAGUCGGUUGUGAAUUUCUUGGCGUUUUUUGGUUGUUGGUGGAAUUGGAGUAAUUGGUGCAAGGAGGUAGGAGGAGCUCUAGAACAAAAAGGCGCCCUUUUUACUUGUUGCCGUAUAGUUUUUCAGCAAGCUCAGUGUAGAUCUUGGGAAUUUUUGUUGUGUGGUUCUUCUUACUUAAUUCAACAUGGUGGGCACUGUUGAAGGAGUCCAUAGUUCACCUUACGCCAAUGGCUCCUCUCACCACUCGAACGGCGUCGAAGAGAAGCUCGACGAGCUCCGCCGCCUCCUCGGGAAAUCCGAGGGCGAUCUCUUAAAGAUCGUCGGUGUGGGCGCCGGCGCGUGGGGCAGCGUGUUCGCCGCCCUUCUGCAAGACGCCUACGGCCACCUCCGGGAGAAGGUGCAGAUACGGAUUUGGCGGCGGCCCGGCCGGCCGGUCGACCGCGCCACUGCAGAGCAUCUCUUCGAAGUAAUCAAUUCGAGGGAAGAUGUCCUGCGGCGCUUGAUCAGACGGUGCGCGUACUUGAAGUAUGUCGAAGCUCGGCUAGGCGAUCGAACGCUUUACGCGGAUGAGAUUUUGAGGGACGGAUUUUGUUUGAAUAUGAUCGACACGCCACUUUGUCAGUUGAAGGUCGUGACGAAUUUGCAGGAGGCGGUGUGGGACGCGGAUAUUGUGAUAAAUGGAUUGCCUUCGACGGAGACGAGGGAGGUGUUUGAGGAGAUCGGUAAGUAUUGGAAGGAGAGGAUUACCGUGCCGAUAAUCAUAUCCCUGGCCAAGGGUAUAGAAGCGUCGCUCGAUCCGGUUCCGCGUAUAAUAACUCCCACGGAAAUGAUUAACCGUGCUACUGGAAUUCCAAUUGAGAACAUUCUAUAUCUUGGAGGGCCAAACAUCGCUUCGGAGAUUUAUAACAAGGAAUAUGCAAAUGCUCGAAUCUGUGGAGCUGAGAAGUGGAGGAAACCUCUCGCUAAAUUUUUGAGGCAGCCACAUUUCAUCGUGUGGGAUAACAGCGACCUUGUCACGCAUGAAGUUAUGGGAGGCUUAAAGAAUGUAUAUGCUAUUGGUGCCGGUAUGGUAGCCGCUUUGACCAACGAGAGUGCGACUAGCAAAUCAGUGUACUUCGCUCACUGCACAUCUGAAAUGAUAUUCAUCACUCACCUCUUAGCAGAAGAGCCCGAGAAACUUGCCGGGCCGUUAUUAGCGGAUACUUAUGUAACUUUAUUGAAAGGUCGCAAUGCUUGGUAUGGACAGAUGUUGGCCAAGGGGGAAUUGAGUCUAGAUAUGGGUGACAGCAUCAAAGGAAAAGGAACAAUUCAGGGCGUCUCUGCUGUGAAUGCAUUUUAUGAGCUCCUGAGUCAGACCAGCUUAAGCGUGUUGCAUCCCGAAGCGAAGAAACACGUCGCUCCAGUGGAGCUCUGCCCCAUCCUGAAGACCCUCUACAAAAUUUUGAUCAAAAGGGAUCUGUCGACCGCGUCGAUUCUUCAGGCAUUAAGAGACGAAUCCAUGUACGAUCCUCGCGACAGAAUCGAGAUGGCGCAGAGCCACGCGCUCUAUCGACCGUCACUUCUUGGCCAACCUUGAGCAAGCAGCAACUUCUUUAAAGAGGCCCUCAUUGCGCUUGUUAUGUGAGCUUGUUGGCACUGGUGCAUAUAUAUUACUUAUCGAUAAAGUGGUUGUAGUUUUUGACGAGUGAUUUUUUUUUUUCUUUUUCUACUUAAUCACAUAAAUUGUGUAAUAUACAGUUCCUGCAGUUGAGUGUCUCUUCCUUUCUCUGUUCUUUCUAUUUUUUAUUUCCUUUGUUAUGAUAAGAAGGGAGUGUGACUCUGUAAACUUGGAGAAAAGGAAGAAUGAAAUACAACCUCUGUUUCCAGAACUUUGUACAGCAGCA